AUGCAGUCAAACGUCGGGAACCCCCAGGUGUAUGAGGCUGGCGACCAGCGCAAUGCCAAGGCCUCUGAAACGGGCUCAGGAACCCGCUAUCAUGAGGGUCCAGCCAACGCACACCUUCAAAAUGACCCAAAGGAUCAGAGAUCACUCUCCAACCGAGCAGCCGCUGAGGUAUCCGACGAACAAAACGAAGAAUCCCGGGAAACGUCACUACACAAGCAGGACCCAACACUUCCGGCCAAGGUGCACGGAAACGAGCCCUCAAGGGGUGCCAGGAUCGACGCUGAAUUGCAGGCGGAGGAUGAGGCGGCCUUGAAGAAAAAGGGCGAGAACAUGCCCGGGAAGAAAAUGUAA